AUGACAGUAAGAGAUUGGCUAUCCGCAUCGAAGGGCAAUGAAGGGUUGAAAGGCGUAAAAUAUUCGGAAGAGACGUAUGUUCAAAUUCAUAAUUUGCUUCUUGGAGAUUCUGAGGAUGAAACGGCUUCUGAUUUACUUGAUGCAGUAAUAUCGCAACUGUACAAGUUUUCAACUAGCAGUUCUCCUCCACUCGAGCUUUUCUGCUUCAAUUUCAUUCCAGCCUUCAUCUUCCAAAUCAUCACAACGACCGAUUUACCUUCAAAUUACGAGGCACUAAUUCUUGCAAUUGUGAAUAUAAAACGACCGCAGCCGGACGAUGUAGUCUUUCCUUCGCUCAAAGAAGAUGUAUCCUCCAUCUACCACACGGCGGAAAAUAAUUUGAUACCAAAGAGGACUUUCAAGCUAACAUAUCCAACGCUAGAAUUCAAGCAUAAGAUUCUGCCAAAGGAAAAAGAUUCAAUAACUGCCUCUCUGGUUGAUCUUCUCCGUCUAUACCUCCCUCAGCUGGAAACAAUGGCGAGAGUGAAUUUCAUUCAACUGAUUUCUCAACUCCUGAGAGAUCACGAACCAAUUCUUCAGAAAUACGAGCACUUUCUAUGCUCCGCCCUUCAAGUUCUUUUUCAACUAAAUGGGAGUAAAACGAUUCCAGUUUCGAGCAGCGGCCUUGUGAUAAAAAAUAUCAAAGAAAUAAAGAAACAGUUUUCAAGAAAAAUGUGCUUUAUCGAAAAACGCGCACAAAUGUAUCCGCCAAAUGUUAAAACAGUCGGAAAACUCCAAAAAAAGACGUUUGCUGAGGAAGAGCUGCUCUCAGAACUGAUGUUAGUUUCCAAUGCGAUGGUAAAUUAUUUCUCCCUAACGGAUAGCUGUACUCCCACACGCGGCACAUCUUUUCUUCAAACUCCGGAUCUUCGAAAAGUCCGUGGUCUCAAGUCCGGAAAUUUGGUGAAAGCUUACUUUGACGAGGAGUGCCAAGUUUGGUUUUCCCUGGUCCUACAGGAAAGUUUCCUGAGGAAACCAGAUUUAAAAAUAAGAAAAAUAAACUUAUUUACGUCAAUAACUCAUGUGACAUAUGCUAACCUUUAA